GGGCGGAGCCUGAAGAGGGGUUGGCCAGCAAUAAGGGGCAACGGGCGGACCCUGGUGAGAGGGCUGGGAGGCUGCUGUCACUUUAUGAAUCCGCAGCCCAAAGGACCUUUCUGCUGCCAGAGGGUCCGGGCGGGCUGGGCCAGGGUCCCCGCCUCUCGCUCACCACGCGGACCCCGCUCCUCCUCUGGCAGCGGUGGUGGAGGAGGCAGCAGAGCCUCGCCCACUCCAAUCCCCACCCUCUCCAUCCUUAACAGUUAAAGAACAGCAGCGCCUGGCACGUUUCCGGAGGACCCCGGGAGCAAAACGGGAAAGGAAUCAGCAGCAGGCAGAUUGGAAAGGCAGCAUGCGCGCUCCGGGACCAGCCUCGGCGCCCAAGGUCUGAGGCUGCAGUCCCGGUUCGCCAUUGUGAGCCGCCCCCAAGGGAACUCGCCUGCGCCACCGUCCCUCUGGUCCCCAUCCACGCGGUGAUGGGGCACCUGCCCUCGAGGACGCCCGGCGGCCGCCGCCUUCUGCCUCUGCUCUGGCUCUUUGUGCUGCUCAAGAAUGCCACGACAUUCCAUGUAACUGUUCAAGAUGAUAAUAGCAUCGUUGUCUCUUUAGAAGCUUCAGAUGUCAUGAGUCCAUCAUCUGUGUAUGUCGUGAAGAUAACUGGUGAAUCCAAAAAUUACUUCUUCGAAUUUGAGCAAUUCAACAGCACUUUGCCUCCUCCUGUUAUCUUUAAGGCCAGUUAUCAUGGCCUGUAUUACAUAAUCACUCUGGUGGUGGUAAAUGGACAUGUGGUUACCAAGCCAUCCAGGUCAAUCACUGUGUUAACAAAGCCUCUACCUGUAACCAGUGUUUCAAUAUAUGACUAUAAACCUUCUCCUGAAACAGGAGUCCUGUUUGAAAUUCAUUAUCCAGAAAAAUACAAUGUUUUCACAAGAGUAAACAUAAGCUAUUGGGAAGGUAAAGACUUCCGGACAAUGUUAUAUAAAGAUUUCUUUAAGGGAAAAACAGUAUUUAAUCACUGGCUGCCAGGAAUAUGUUAUAGUAAUAUUACCUUUCAGCUGGUAUCAGAGGCAACUUUUAAUAAAAGUACUCUUGUGGAGUACAGUGGUGUCAGUCACGAACCCAAACAACACAGAACCGCCCCUUACCCACCUCGAAAUAUCUCAGUUCGCAUUAUAAACUUGAACAGAAACAACUGGGAAGAAGAAAGUGGCAGUUUCCCCGAGGAGUCGUUCAUGAGGUCGGAGGAUACAAUGGGAAAGGACAAACUGUUCCAUUUCACAGAUGAAACUCCGGAUAUUCCCUCGGGCAACAUUUCUUCUGGUUGGCCUGAUUUUAACAGCAGUGAUUACGAAACGACCUCCCAGCCACAUUGGUGGGACAGUGCAUCUGCGACUCCUGAAAGUGAAGAUGAACUUGUCAGUGUACUUCCCCUGGCAUUCGAAAAUAACAAUACACUCCGUGACACCGAGAAGUCACCAUCAGGCCCUUUCUCAUUUUUCCCUGUGCAAAUGAUAUUGAGUUGGUUACCACCCAAGCCGCCCACUGCCUUUGACGGGUUCUAUAUCCACAUAGAAAGAGAAGAAAACUUUACUGAACAUUUGACAGUGGCUGAAGAAGCACACGAAUUUGUUACAGAACUGAAGGAGCCUGGGAAAUAUAAGUUAUCUGUGACCACCUUUAGUUCCUCAGGAUCUUGUGAAACUCGAAAGAGUCAGUCAGCAAAAUCACUCAGUUUUUACAUCAGUCCCUCCGGAGAGUGGAUGGAAGAGCUCACAGAGAAGCCGCAGCACGUGAGUGUCCACGUUUUAAGCUCAACCACCGCCCUGAUGUCCUGGACAUCUUCCCAGGAGAACUACAACGGCACCAUCGUGUCCGUGGUGUCACUCACCUGCCAGAAGCAGAAGGAGAGCCAGAGGCUGGAAAAACAGUACUGCACGCAGGUGAACUCAAGCAAAUCCGUUAUUGAAAAUCUGGUUCCUGGUGCCCAGUACCAGGUUGUGAUGUACCUAAGAAAGGGCCCUUUGAUUGGACCACCUUCAGACCCUGUGACAUUUGCCAUUGUUCCAACUGGAAUAAAGGAUUUAAUGCUCUACCCCUUGGGCCCUACAGCAGUGGUUUUGAGCUGGACCAGACCUUACUUAGGAGUGUUCAGAAAAUACGUGGUUGAAAUGUUUUAUUUCAGUCCUGCAACAAUGACAUCAGAAUGGACGACCUACUAUGAAAUAGCAGCGACUGUCUCCUUAACUGCAUCCGUGAGAAUAGCUAACCUGUUACCUGCGUGGUACUACAACUUUCGAGUGACCAUGGUGACAUGGGGAGACCCGGAACUGAGCUGUUGUGAUGGCUCCACCAUAAGCUUCAUAACAGCCCCAGUGGCUCCAGAAAUCACUUCUGUGGAAUAUUUCAACAGUCUGUUGUACAUAAGCUGGACGUACGGGGAUGACUCUACUGACCUCUCUCACUCCAGAAUGCUGCACUGGAUGGUCGUUGCCGAAGGAAAGAAGAAAAUUAAAAAGAGCGUAACACGCAAUGUCAUGACUGCAAUUCUCAGCCUGCCCCCAGGAGAUAUCUACAAUCUCUCAGUAACUGCUUGCACUGAAAGAGGAAGUAAUACCUCCACCCUCCACCUUGUCAAGCUCGAACCAGCUCCUCCAAAAUCACUCUUUGCAGUGAAUAAAACCCAGACGUCGGUGACUUUACUGUGGGUGGAAGAGGGAGUAGCUGAUUUCUUCGAAGUCUUCUGUCAACAAAUGGGCUCCGGCCAGGAAAGGAAGCUCCAGGACCCGAUCUCUGUUUCUUCUCACGUCGUGACUAUCUCCAGCCUCCUCCCGGCCACCACCUACAACUGCAGCGUCACCAGCAUCAGCCACGACAGCCCCAGCGUCCCAGUGUUCAUAGCUGUCUCCACAAUGGUUACAGAGAUGAAUCCCAACGUGGUAGUCAUCUCGGUGCUGGCCAUCCUCAGCACACUGCUGAUUGGGCUGCUGCUGGUCACCCUGAUCAUCCUCAGGAAAAAGCACCUGCAGAUGGCUAGGGAGUGUGGCGCAGGGACUUUUGUCAAUUUUGCGUCCUUGGAGAGGGAUGGAAAGCUCCCGUACAACUGGCGUAGGAGUAUAUUUGCUUUCUUAACCCUGCUGCCUUCAUGUCUUUGGACUGAUUAUCUUUUGGCAUUUUAUAUUAAUCCUUGGAGUAAAAAUGGUUUAAAGAAGAGAAAACUGACUAACCCGGUUCAACUGGAUGACUUCGACGCCUACCUCAGGGACAUGGCCAAAGACUCUGACUAUAAAUUUUCUCUUCAGUUUGAGGAGUUGAAAUUGAUUGGGCUGGAUAUUCCGCACUUUGCUGCAGACCUUCCUCUGAACCGAUGUAAAAAUCGUUACACAAACAUCCUGCCAUAUGACUUCAGCCGAGUAAGAUUAAUCUCCAUGAAUGAAGAGGAAGGAGCAGACUACAUCAAUGCCAACUACAUUCCUGGAUACAACUCGUCUCAGGAGUAUAUUGCCACUCAGGGGCCACUGCCUGAAACCAGAAAUGACUUUUGGAAGAUGGUCCUCCAACAGAAGUCCCAGAUUAUUGUCAUGCUCACUCAGUGCAACGAGAAAAGGAGGGUGAAAUGUGACCAUUACUGGCCGUUCUCGGAAGAGCCCAUAGCUUACGGAGACAUCACGGUGGAGAUGAUCUCGGAGGAAGAGCAGGAUGACUGGGCCUGUCGACACUUCCGGAUCAGCUAUGCUGACGAGAUGCAGGAUGUGAUGCAUUUUAACUACACUGCGUGGCCUGAUCACGGAGUGCCCACGGCAAAUGCUGCAGAAAGUAUCCUGCAGUUUGUCCACGUGGUCCGGCAGCAGGCAGCAAAGAGCAAGGGUCCCAUGGUCGUGCACUGCAGCGCUGGUGUUGGCCGGACAGGAACGUUCAUCGCCCUGGACAGGCUCUUGCAGCACAUUCGGGAGCAUGAGUUUGUGGACAUCUUAGGGCUGGUGUCAGAAAUGAGGUCGUACCGGAUGUCCAUGGUACAGACAGAGGAGCAGUACAUUUUCAUCCACCAGUGUGUGCAACUGAUAUGGAUGAAGAAGAAGCAGCAGUUCUGCAUCAGUGACGUCAUCUACGAGAACGUUAGCAAGUCCUAGUUCAGAGUCCCACGCGGACAGGACACGGUGUGCACCCCUCCUCCCUUGCUUCCGGAGUUUGGGAGGGGGGCCUGCUAGCCAUUUCACCGAAAGGAGCCCCUGCUUUGUAAUAUGUAGCCAAGGAGAUCAUUUAUCUCGUACAAGCACUGGGAAAACAGCCUUAAAGAGACCUACAGUGUCUUUCGGACUCUUUCACGUCUGGACAUUUAAUAAUGGACCAAACUCAACUGAACACUGAUAGGUCCAGAUGCUCUGCAAAGGGCGGGGAGUACAGCCUCUUCUGAAGAGUUUCAUUGGCCCUUUGCUGGUUGGGCUGAGUUUCUGUUUGUUGUUGUUGUUGUUUUUGAGUGCAAUAGUUUUUGUAUUGUGUGACUUUAUCAGGAAGUGGAAUUCUCUCCUGCCCACACAACUGAUUAACCCCACAGCCCAGGAAGGAAUAGGCAUUGUUACCCUAAAAUUAUACCUCACUGUUAACAAGAGGCACGGCCACAUACAGAGAAAUGGUAAUUCUGCUUCACGAAAACUGAACCAGCGAUACCUGCACCCCGACAUUAAGCUACUGGGUCAGGAGCAGGGAGGGUGAAAGUGGGAAGAGAGCCGAGUUCCACCCAGUGAUCAGCCACCUUUCUUUCCCAAAUAUGAAAAGCUGUAAUUCAGCUUCCAAGUAGAGUAGAAAAAAAAUGAUUUAAGUCUUAAUUGUUCUAGUUCCUGAUGGUUUUCUUCUGCAUUAACCGUUAGGUGUUUCUUCUGUGGCCCUUUUGGGCUAAUGUCACAGCCGGGUUCCUUCUCAGCAAACCAGAUCUGACUCAGGGGAGUCGGAAGUCCGAGCGACCCCGGUGCCUCGACGUGGCAUCCCGUUCUCUGCUGACCUGCACACACGGAAAGCUUUGUCUGUGAGAACUAUACUGGAUGUGAAAAUGCACUUUCUUUCCCCCAAACAGCUGGGAGUGUAUGAACUGAUGGCAGUGACCUGCAGCAUGCUAGCACAAUGACUUGACUCCUUUUUUUUUUUUUUGGUAUACUGUCAAGUGUCAUUAUGAAUUUCAACGGAGAUUUCUUUUUGCUUCUGUUUUUUUUCCUUUUUCUUGGUUGUCAGUUUUAACCACUGUAACUAGUAACACUGUAUCCCAUUCUUUAGAUUUUGUAUAAUUACAGUACACGAUUGUGGAUUUGACAUGAGUGCUGCCAAAACGGACAUUGACGGCAUUGUGAAGCCUGUUACUUUGUGUCCCUUCCUGAGAAAUAAGGGGUGACAGUAUGGAUCUACAAAGGAAAACAUUUUGAGUGGAGAGUAAACACAAGCUGGCCGCCUCGCCAUGGCGGCGUGGCUGUCGUGAGCCUCCCCGCGCGGGCUUCAGCAGGCCUGGCUCCUCUCUGCAUUUCAGAUCACGGCCCUCGCCCUGGCUUCCCUCCAUUCCCCAUCAUCUUCAGGAAGCCGUGCACGUAGCAUCAGAUUAACAUUUUAUCAGUGACCUUAGUAAUGGUGAAGGAUGCCAACUGAACAGCUCUGCACCCCACGGUCUCUUGUCACUGAGAAUACCUGGCCACAGCAGGCCCUGGCGCAGUUCUCCCCCAGUGCUGGCCAGCGAGGCUAAGGCUCGCCUUGCAGGGGGAGGGCGGGGGGGGGGGCAGAGGAAGGGCAGCACCCCCCCCCCCCCCCCGCAUGCCAGGAACAGCCUGGGCUCCUCGGGCUUGUCAGUUCCACUCACCUUCCUUCCUCACCUUCUUGCCUCACCGCCACCACCCCCUCUCCCCACUCCCACCCUUUACUUCCCUUCUUGAACAUGUUGAUAACGUAUUACUCUUCUCUGGUACGCACACUGCUCAAGAAAGGGGGCGAAUGGAUGUGCCACAUUCUUAGAUUUUCACACAGGGAUGGUCGGAAGGGAAGCUUGCCACCCUGGGUGAGCUGACUGGAUGCAAGGCUGUGCUGGAAUACAUUUCCAAUUUCCGUAGACGGGAACGUUACUUCCCCUGAAACUUAAAGCACUUCAUAAAUAUUUCAUGUUGGUCUUGAGCGCCCCUUCACGGUAGGGAUCAAAUAGUACCAGAUCAGUUUUCCCAAAAGAGAAGAUGAAGCGUCCAGACUUCAGACUGAAGACUCCGAGCUUAGGCUGCAGGAAGGUCACACUGAAGCACUUUCCUGGGCCACCCCAUCAGGGCCUCAUCCCUCGGUCUGGGUCACGGUUCCUGCACUGGUACAAGGUGCACCUCGGUUUGUGAGCUCAAUGGUGGGAAAAGCAUCAACCUGUCAGAAGACUUGCGUUUUAAUCUUGACAGAUGACUUUGGAAAUUCAACUCUGCCGAGUCUCAGUCAAUAAACUUUUG